AUGACCCAAAAUUAUGAUGACGUUAAGCAGGCAGGCCUUUCCAUAGUUGACAUAUCAACCACGGUCCUGGUGGAGGCCGGUAAUAUAGUUCCUAUUAUUAGCAUAAUAACUUCCACGUUCCGUGAAAUAAUCGAUUUAGCCGAAAAAGCUGGACAUAACAAGAAAGUCUGCCGAAGGUUAGCGGAGCGUAUACGUGUAGCGAACCAGACUGUAACACAACUGAAGUCAGAAGGGAAUGAUUUAGCCUUGCGAAGUUAUGUCAAGGCAUUAAAGAAUGCCAAAGAGUUUAUCAUAAAGAUUAGUAGAGCUAGUACUUUUAUGAAAUUGGUUACAGCUCACGAGAUUGAAAAGGACUACCAAGAUGUCACCGAAGAGUUCGAUAAUGCAAUCGCACAAUUAGGUCUCACGCAAUGCGUGAGAACGCGUCACGACAUUGAUGAGGAUCGAAAACUAUUCCUUUCCGAGAUUAAAACGUCCUUAUAUGUUAUCGAAGAAGUUAUGAAGGAUCUGUGGAAAAACGAAAAAGAUGUAAAAGAGAAGAUACAUUUGUUUGAGCAAAAAUUAGAAAACAUUCGAGAAGCUGUUGUUAAUGUACAUAAAGAAGGUGAAAUUUCUCCGAGUCUACAAAAGUCAAAAAUUCCUAGUGCUCAAAUCACUGAUUGUGAUGAAGAUGAAGAAGUAAGGCGAGGAGGAGGUCAGAUAGUGAAAAAAAUGUUUAUCUCUCAAACUGUUGCCCAAAAAGAAAUUGGUCAUAUCGGGUCUUUGCCUCGAUCCCUAAAUGUCAUUGAGAAACAAGUGGCCAUUUUGACGGAGCUAAAAAAUUGUCAAAACAUAAUAACAUUUUACGGUACCAUGCAGCGUGCCGGUAAACUGUACAUCAUUUCGGAAUGGGCUGAAAUAGGCGAUCUUCACCAAUACCUAAAGACUAACAAGAAUUUGCCUUGGGAAUUUAAAUACAAGAUUGCCUCUGAGAUUGCAGGUGGCUUGGCUUUUUGCCAUGUUUACGACAUUUUGCACCACGACAUUAGAAGUCACAACAUAUUGUUGACAGAUAAUUAUACCGCCAAAAUUAGCAACUUUAGUUCGGCUCGUAAGGAAACCGACGACACCACUCAGGUCAAGGAUAUCACCUUCAGAUACAGAUGGUUAGCUCCCGAGAAACUCGCAAAUUAUGGAGGGAACGAAUACACCAAACAAUGCGAUAUCUACAGUUUCGGUAUAGUACUUUGGGAACUAGCUUCACAAGAAGUACCAUUUUCUAAUGUUACGGUGACUACUGAUUUGAUUAACAAGAUUACUGUUUUACACGAACGUCCUCCUCCCGUGCCGGGUACGCAUCCCGCUUAUGAGAAGAUGAUGACACAAGCGUGGCAUCAAAGACCCAUAAAACGUCCAACCGCGGACAAUAUUUUCAAGGAAUUGAAGAACCUGAGAGCACCUGGCAGCAAAAUAUCUGGAGCAGAAAGUAUUAGUCACUAUGCUGCUCUCUCAGCGACUUAUCGUUCGGGCAAUUCUAGAGGCAGUUCACACUCGUAUGAGUCCUCUAUCUCCUCCAUUUCUUCCAAUCUUGAUUCUAGAGAUAGCACGUACUCCUAUCCAUCCUCUGUUAGCUCCGUCUCCUCCAAUUUUACAGGAAGUGAAUUACUGAAUCCCUAUGAAGAUAAUUCUAGCAUUAAUCACGAUGAACAAAUAGAUUAUGGCGCUGAUUCUGGUCAAGUUAUGCUCCAAAUUCUACCUCCCAUCCCACAUGAUUUCCCGGACGUAAGUGAAGCCAAAAAAUUGCAUAGUUUAAAGAAAUAUGAAGAAGCUUGGCCGAUUUUCAAACUUCACGCUGAUCACGGAAACGCCAUCGCAGAAUUUUAUGUUGGCUACUAUCUAAUCGCAGGAGAUCGUGGUGUUCCGCAGGACAAAUCAAUGGCAAUAGAAUAUUUCCGUAGAUCGGCCGAGAAAAAUGUUCCGGAUGCACAAUUUAGGUACGGUGUGGCUCUUCUUAACGGCGAAGGAAUUACCAAGAGCGCGAUAAACGACAAAAUUGCUAUCGAAAAUUUAGAAAAGGCCGCAAAUCAAGGAAAUCCCAACGCGAUGUUUAAUUUUGGGGAUUUAUUGAUUAAUGGGGCUCACGGCGUGACACAAGAUUUGGAACAAGGUGCAUUAUGGAUGAAAAAGGCACAUCAAAAGGGUCAUCCACAUGCAUAUCAGAAGCUGGCUGAUAGGUAUAAGGCCCUGAAUAUGCCAGUUCCUGAUGAAAUAAAAGAAGGGAUAAAGAUUAGAGGACGAUGUUGA